AUGGAGACAGAUAACGCUCGAGUAUUGGUGGAAUCUUCUCCUCCAACUAGUUGGAGACACAACAACAUAGAGACAGUUUCCAAAGCGGCACUGCACGAUAACCACAAAAGAAAGACGAAAAGUCAGAACAAGGAGAAGAGAGGCAAAGAAAGAAGCUUGGAGGCCCGCCAAUGCGGUCUAUUAAACUUAAGCCGCGUUUGUAAAUUUGAGAGAAAAUCCACAGGAAAAGGAUUGCAACUUCACCAUCCGUGUUCAAUUUUUCCUUCUCCUGUCUUGUCUUUUAAGUCGAAAGGAAAAUUAAGAUUUCUUCCUUAA